AUUUGGGCCAAUAUAAUCAAGAAACAGUAGAAUAUCGCCAAACCAUGCCAGUAUUUUCUAUACGUCACUGUAUCGUGGCAGCUGCAGGCUUUCAUGUACAAGCUCAGGCGCAGGUCAGAUGGCAAGACUAUACAGCGCAGAUCAGGACACCAUCCACAUGCCCCGACUAUACCGAGUAUGCGCAGAUAGCCCACGAGCCGUACUCAGCCGGGCCCCUUGGACUUCCCAACAUGAGACCCAGCCCGGAGUGCAGGACUUUCAACAGCACGGCCGUGGAGAAAGUUAUCACUGAUAUGCAGGCUCGGCUAAAGAACCCCGACCUCGCUCAGCUGUUUGCAAAUACGUUUGCCUCGACUUUGGAUACCACAGUCAAGUACUUUGAUACGGAUCUGAAUCUAGCCUUCAUCAUCACUGGAGACAUCACUGCUCAAUGGCUCCGUGACACCGGAAACCAGUUCGCGCACCUGUACAAGUUGCUGCCGCAGGACCCCGACCUUCAGGCUCUGGUCAAGGCUGUCAUAAACACAGAGUCGCGCUACAUAGCUGAAUAUCCAUAUUGUGGUUCUUUCCAGCCACCGCCCGAGAGCGGACUCGCUCCCAGCGUCAAUGACUAUGCGACUGGUGUCACAAUCCACCCACCAGUGGACAAUCAGACAGUCUUCGAAUGCAAGUAUGAACUGGACUCGCUCUCAGCUUUCCUGAAAAUCUCCAGAUCCUAUUACGCCAACACCAACGAUUCCUCCUUCAUAAAUGACAAUUGGGAAUCGGCCAUCAGCUCCGUUAUGACCCUUAUACACGACCAGUCCCAGAGCUCUUGGGGCCCGGACUGGGACUUUGUGAGUUACUACAACUGGACAGGGACUGCCGGCUCUCUCUCCUCUCCCGUGAAGAACGGAGGAAACGGAGAACCCAAGCUGGCAAACGGGCUAGUAGCCUCCAGCCACCGGCCAUCGGACGAUAUAUGCGUCUUCAACUUCAUCACGUCUGACAAUGCCAUGAUGUCGGUCGAGCUGGCUUACUUGGCCGACACGCUGGAUCAGAUCGGCACCCUCCAAGAAGUUUCAAGCCAAGCCCGACAGUAUUCUCACAUCAUCAGCCAAGCCGUAUGGAACCACACCAUCAGUUCGGGUGGAGUCUUCGCGUACGAGACCAAUGGCUACAGCGGGCAAUACUUGAUGGACGAUGCCAAUGUCCCUAGUUUAAUAUCACUGCCUUACCUGGGGUUCUUGGACAAAAGCGAUUCGACGUACGUCAGGACGAAAGAGGCCAUGUUCUCGAGGGCGAAUCCCUAUUACGCAGUUGGGCAGAACUUCAGCGGUAUCGGAGGUCCGCACGUCAACGCGACGUACCCCUGGCCCAUGUCGCAGAUAUCAGCCAUCUACGGCACCGACGACGACGACGAGAUCACGAGCCGGCUGUCGCUUCUUAUGAACAACACGGGAGGGCUCGGUCUCAUUCACGAAAGCAUCCACAUUUACAACUCGAGCGUCUACACACGUCCGUGGUUUGCUUGGGCGAACAGCUACUUUGCCGAAAUGGUUCUGGAUUUGGCCGAGAGAAAGCCGGGAUUGAUUCUUAAUGACGCGGUUCCGUACGUGGUUGGUAGCUGAGCUGGCUGAACAAGGAGCAACAGUUGAGAAGGGGUGUGAGUUCAAGUAAAUUGAUAUGAUUGAUUACGACUUAUUUGAGUUUCAUGCGGGAGGACACAGG